CAACCUCCUGUUGAUACCAGUUACCAGAUUAACGCACGCACAGAACUUGCAAUACGUUACAAUGAUAUUUCACCUCUGGAGAACCAUCACUGUGCAGUGGCUUUCCAGAUCAUUGCCCAGCCUGAAUGUAAUAUUUUCUCCAAUGUAGCACCAGAAGAUUUCAAAAAGAUAAGACAGGGAAUAAUUACAUUAAUCUUGGCCACUGACAUGGCAAGACAUGCUGAAAUUAUGGAUUCUUUCAAGGAAAAAAUGGAAAAUUUUGACUACACCAAUGAAGAGCAUAUGAUGUAUCUAAAGAUGAUAUUGAUAAAAUGCUGUGAUAUAUCCAAUGAAGUCCGUCCAAUAGAAGUAGCAGAACCCUGGGUUGACUGUUUAUUAGAAGAAUAUUUUAUGCAGGUAAGAAUGUUGCAAAGUUAAACUUCACAUCAUGCCAGUUGGUCAUGUUUUAACAAUGGUCAGUAGUUGAAAGAUGUGUACCAAGAUGGAAUGAAAUAUUAAGUUUCUCCACAGAUGAAAAGAAAA